AUGAGGCAGGAUGAACGCCAGUCCAGGAAGCGCUUUGGGGAGGAGCACUGCACGUCCUCUCAGCCCCUGGAGGACAACCAGGCCAUGGGACGGCCCCAGCUGCUGCCCCAGCUGCUGCUGCUGGCGUCUCUGCAGGCUGAUACCGGUGUGGACAUGUACACAAUAGAAUCACCCUGCACAGCUGUUCUGAGCUACGACCUGCUGUUUCUACUCCACAGCCCCCAAACUGGGGAAACAAGGGGUGACGGUUUCACCCAGAGACCUCCUGUCCUCCAGGUGACUUUGCUGAUUUCUCCUGUCUUCUCAGCAUCCAGGACAACAAGUCAAGGCCCCACCUAUACCCCCACAGCCACCACUGCUGACCUCAAGGACCAGGGGGCCAAAAAGAGCUCAGAGUCUUCACCCCUGAGUGUGAGAGCUGCAAUCGGGGUGGCACUGGCCGGUGUUGUGCUCCUAACUGCAUUUUUGGGACUAAUUUUCUACAUCUGGAGGAAAAGAAGCAAAGGACGGAGCGCGGAGGCCGGGAGCCCAGCCAGGGACUCGCUGCACAGAGCCGAGGAGAAAUACGAGAACGUUGGGAGUACAGGACAACUUACAGACCCCAAGCUGAACCCCAAGGAGGAUGGCAUCCUCUAUGCCUCGCUUGCCCUCUCCAGCUUGAUCUCUCCAGCAGCCCCUGCCCGAGAGAGCCCCCAGGAAGAGACCCUAUACUCUAUGGUAAAGGCCUAGCGAGAGGGACCAAAUGAUAACCUCCUCGGAGUAAGCUGUGCAGAGGGGUCACAGCUUCCUACAGACACCACGGCCAGUCACAGACGUCUCAAAAGCCAGCAGGUGUUGAAGCCACCAGGGACCAGAAGGAACCAGCCAUCUGCUCUAAUUCCCUCUUCAACUCCUAACCUUUGCCCACACAAAUAAAAGUUCCCAUAGAAUUUG